GAAGAUCACUUGGUGCGAGGCGGACGCGAGUGAGAGAGAGAUCGAAUAAUAACCGAACUGCGGAACCGACUGUAUAUGAUUAAUUUGUGUACUUAAUACAUAAAUAAAUAUAAUUAAAUAAACCAAGCUGUGCAAUCACAUCGGCAGCAGCCGAGGAGCCUCCCAGUGGCACGAGGAAGAAAGUGUGCAGCCAAAGUGAAGUGCAGGAGGAAUACGCAUCCCAUUUCCAUUGGAAUUCCAAUUCCCAUUCGCUUGCAUCCAUUCGAUUCCAAUAUCAAUGUCAAGUGGAUCGCGAUCACACGGAAUCCGGGGUCAGAAGAGCGCUACGACUGAUUAACACUCCAUCUCCGGCUCUAAUGAGCGCAAAGCGAACGCAAACAAAUAAAUAAGUAAACAACGCAAACGGCAAAUUAACAAAAACGAAAUCGCAAUCGGACUCAAGAAGCAGAGACAAAAAUACGCGGAAUAUAGAAAAACACGUUUCCCCACGAAAAAAGCGCAUAAACAGCAACACAAAUAACACAAAUUGCUGUCGCUUUGUGGCUGAACUGAACAGCACACACGCGUACGCAUUAUCGUACGAGUAUCGGGCAAUAUCAGCUCAGCCAGCAGACGCCAGGUCUGAACAGAUCUCAAAUCACUCAGAUCGCGGGCCCCAGUCUGAGUCUGGGGAGCUGUUUUUGGGGCCUAACCCUGAUUCUGGCUCUUACCAAAUAUGAGCAGAGGCUGCCUGUCGGACCAGUUGCUGUUGUAACGUAACCCGAGCAGCCGUGACCGAGACACCAAACCGCGUCAAGUGGAGAGACCAGACCCACAUUCACCACACACUCGUACUCACACACACACACACACACACACUCAUACAUCGUGCGGCCAUGGAACGCUCUCACAGUUGCAGCAAUUUCGAGGCCAGAGUAGGGCCGGGAGCAGCAAUGGCUAUAUCGGCCGGAGGGGCAGCAACAGCCGGGUGCAAAGAGCUGCCCCAGCCAAAGCCGCACGCCGGCAGCAGCGACAACCUGCCGCUGAGCAUCUGUGCCAGCUCCGCGGAUCACUUUCCGCCCAACAAGCCGCUGCGCAAGCGCAAAAAGCUGCAGCGCCAGCAGUCGGUGGUCGUCGAUGUGGACGACCUGGAGUGCGAUUGCGCCUAUGCCGCCGAUCUGGAGGAGAAUGCCGACCACGACAACGAAAACGACCAGGAACAGAUCAGCCUGGACGCCUUGCCACACUUGCCCAGCCACUUCGCGCAACAGCAGAGCCCUGCCCACGUGAGCAUGGCCCUGCAGCGGCACAUCUCCAUCUCCUGCAACAGCAGCAACAGCAACAGCAAGAGAAGUGGUCUGCGACGCUGUCGCUGCCUGCGGCACGAGGAGUCCUUCGACUCCUGCAGCACGGCACCAGAGCUGAGUCCGCAGGCACAGCGGCAGCAUCGAUUCAGCAGCCUGCUCUUGAGGGACAGCUCCGCCUCCGUGCAGUCGGACUCCAGUCGGUACUCGAGCGUGGACAGCCUGCUUGAGUCCCGCAAAAUGGAUCCGGAGGCCAUACUCAUCAACCUGGGCUUCGGUCCCGUCGGCUCCGAGGACAUGCUGUCGCGGAUACCGAAACGCUUCCUGAAACCCUCCCAGGUGCCGGGCAUCGACACGGAGGCGUUCGUUCAAAGACUGACCCUGGCCAGCUCGCUGGCCGACUCCAGUGUUCUGGGGUAUCGCGGACUCACCGGCAAUCCGGACAUGCCGCCCUCGUCCAUUGUGGCCAAGAUCAUGCAACGCUUCGAGGUGAACCAUCAGCGUAAGAAGUCAAUGGGUUCCAUUGACCACCCGAUCAGAUGAGUGGCCUGUGGGAAGAGUCACCCCACCACACCACACCAUUCCAUUCCAUUCUAAUCCUCUACUAUUAGUCAGCCAACUAGGGGGCUCUACUUGCAACCCACCGCGGGGGACAUGUGAUCUUUGUGAUGUCUUAUCUUGUCCAUAGUCCUUAGGAAUGCCGCGUACUUAGCUGUGUAUUUAUUAUUGUACCCAUCGAUUGUAAACUCUAGUUAGAUAAUGAUUUAAAUUAAAAAGAAUUGUAUUAUGCAUUGCA